UCCAGUUGAGCCCUGAGACCGGAAGUGUCGGACCUGGACCCGUUUUAUGGUCAUUUAGAGGAAAUAAAAGCUCUAAUGAACCUUUUCUGCUCCGUUUAACCAGCAGCUGAAGCCACGGCGUUAUGACGCAGACUGUUGCUAGGCAACGCUCGAGUGUCGACUCGUGUCCAAUCAGCGAUUGCGAAACGUGUCACGUGUGUGAAAGAGGCCAAUCCCCGAGGAGCUAGCUGUUGUAGUUUGGCUAGCUUGUUGUCUAACGGCUUUUAGCUGCAAAGGUUUACGCCGGUGAUUUCUGCCCUUUUCCCCAGAGAAAAGCCAUGAGAAACGGGUCCGGUUCCCCCCCGGUGCACGUGCACGUGAGUGAUGCCACGCCGGUGCACGUGCACGUGAAGAGCCAGAGGAGCCAGAGGACGAGUCCUGGCAGGACGCCUCAGGGGAAGACGAAGGUGGACCAGGCGACGCUUCGGCCCACAGCGAAGGUCAGAACCCGGGUUCCUUGGAUCCCACCAGGAACGGCUGCCUACAAGUGGGAGGGGCCGACUCACUGCCUGGAGAUAAGACCGCCAGAACCAGAACCAGAACCGGAGCGCUCCCAGUCGGUGCUACGACUCUCAGAUCUCACAUCAGAGGAAGAGGAGGUUCUCCAGAACCGGAUCAGCCAGUAUGAGAGGAAGAUCGAGAACUUAAUGACUGAAGUCAGCUCUCUGAGGACGGAGGUGGAGCUGCGGAGGAAGGAGCAGCUGGAGGAGGAGGAGGAGGUCCGUCUGCGUGGGUCCAUGGAGAAGAUGCAGGAGGAGGACGCCCACCACAGAGAGGGCGGUUCUGCUCCGGAUCCGAAGGUUCUGCUCCAGAAGCUGUGGGAGGCUGAGGCUGACGGAACCGCUGCUGCUCAGCAGGUCUCUGCGCUCAGAGACUCAGUGUCCAAACUCUGCAGAACGAAGACGGCGUCUUCAGGUUUAGCCCAGCAGAAGGAUCUGCUGCUGCAGAAACUGGAGACGUUUGAGGCGACGAACCGAAGUCUGCGGCAGCUCCUCAGGGAGCAGCGGGAGUUCUGGGCGGAGUCCGUCGGACCGUCGGAGCAGAAGAAGGUUCUACUGAAGAGGCUCGCCGACACCGAGGCGGAGAACGCUCACCUUGCUGAGAAGCUCCAGGAGAAGGACCGAGAACUUCAGCAGCUCUCCCAGCUGCUGGACUCUGAGAAGGAGAACGCCAGGAGCUCGGCAGAGUUCUCCAGGAGCGUGGAGCGGACCAGAGCUCGUCUGCAGAACCAGCUGCGCAGCAAAGAAGCCGAGAACAACCGGCUCAGCGUGCAGAUAAAGAACCUGGAGCGGGCGGCCAAUCAGCAGCGGGCACAGCUGGGUCACGUGACGCAGCGGCUGAGCGGCCUGAAGCAGGAGGCGCUGGAGGGACGGGAGGCGCUGCGGCGAGCCUCCAGGGCGGAGGAGCAGCGGGCGCAGCGCAGCGAGGACGCCGCGGGUCAGCUCAGCGUCCAGCUGCUGCAGACGGAGGAGCAGGCGGCCGAAGCCGUGGCGGCGGCGGACGUCUGGCGGCGCCGCCACGCCGAGGAGGCGGAGGAGACGAGGCGGCUGGAGGCGGAACUGUCUCUGCUGAACAGCCGCAUGGCGGAGCUGACCGAGCAGCUGCAGGGCGUGCAGGAGGCGGGGCGGUCGGACCGGGAGGCGCUGCUGGGUCGGCUGCAGGGAGCCGCCGAGGAGAACGCCGCCGCCAAGCUGGAGAACCAGAACCUGAAGGCGGCGGCGUCUGCGGCGGAGGAGAAGCUGAGCUCGACCCAAACGGAGCUGCAGCGGGUCCGGGCCUCCGUGGGUCAGUACCAGGCGCUGCUGGACGGCUACAAGGUCCAGGUGGAGAAGACCCGGGCCGAGGCGGACCGGUACCGGUCCCUGGUGGACCGGGCGGAACACGAGGCCCGGUCGGUGCGGGCCGGGCUGGAGGGGGAGAUGGAGGAGGUCCGCGGGGAGCUUCUGGGUCGGCUUUCAGAACUCCAGGUUCUGCCUGAGGUUCUGCGGCGCUGCCAGCAGCAGCUGCAGGAGGCCGAGGAGCAGAACCGGUACCAGGAGAGACGGACGGAGGAACUCAGAACCAACCUGACGGAGCUCCGGCUGAAGGUCCAGCAGGUUUACCCACGAAGUUCUGCUGGUCGGGUUCUCCAGAACAUCCAGAACCGCUGCGUGAAACCAGCUGGCAGCCAGAGUCCAAAGAGAACCUCUGACGGUUCUGGAGAACUGUCGACCCAGCUGACUGUUCUACUGAUGGUUCUGUUGUUUGUGUCAGAUGGAGACCCAGGGACACCAAUCGGACCUGCUCACACAGAAGAACAAGGUUCUGAUGGAGGAGAACCGGCAGCUGCAGCUCAGAGCCGAUUCUUUGGACAGGAAGCUGGAGGAGGUGUCGGGUCAGAACUCGGACCUUCUAGCAGUCGUCUCCACGCGGGACCAGAACAUCCGCAGCAAUCAGCGCCUCCUGGAGGAGAAGAACCGAGAAUGUUCUCUGCUGAGCCGCCAGCUGGACCAGGCGCUGGACCACGCUCGCCAGCAGAUCUCAGAGAGCAGAGAACGCGCCGCCACCAAGGAGCGCUCGGCCCAGUCCAGGCUGGUAGAACUGGAGACCCAGCUGAGCAGAACCGCCUCAGAAACGGACCGUCUGCGCCGCAGCGCCGAGGAGGCGGAGAGGCGGAACCGGAGCCGGCUGCAGGACCUCAGGGACCGGCUGGAGCAGUCGGACGGAACCAACCGCAGCCUGCAGAACUACGUCCAGUUCCUCAAAGCGUCCUACGCCGGCGUGCUGGGCGACGUGGCCCUCAGCGCCGCCCUGCGGCCCCCCUCCCCCCUCUGAUGUCAUCAGAACCCGCCCGGUUCUCUCACCUGGACCGGAACUGGAGACGGAGCGUCUCGUCAGGUGACCUCUGGUCAUCCAGCGCCGCCUCAGAAGCUCAGAAUCUGAAAUAGCAGAACGUGGAGGAGGCUGGUUCCUCCGGUUCCUCUGGUUCCUCUGGUUCCUCCCGUGGCGUCUGGUAGAACGGUGGCUGGGACCGGCCUGUCUCUGUCAGCCCGGGUCAGAACCUGCUGCCCUCUGAUCCACUGGAAUCCAAGCUUUCUCUCCACCACCAUGUUUAACGUUCCUAACGUUCCUAACGUUCCUAACAUUCCUAACAUUCCUAGUCCUCAUGUGGGUAAAUCUGAGUCUAUAUGCUGCAGAACGUCUCAUACGACUGAGAACAAACAGAACAAACAGUUUUCAGGCUGUUCAGACAAAUCAGGAGAAGCUCAGCAGCUUCUAUGAGUCUAAGGAGACGCGUUUUCUCUUCCAAUAUAACGUUUUAUACCGUUUUCUACCGUUUUCUACUGUUUUCUACUGCUGAAGAGCUUUUUUACAUUUGUUCUGUUAGUUUUUUGAGAACACGUCUAAAUAAAUGCUGCAUUCAUUAAGA